AUGACGAUCAUGCGGAUGUUCCUAGCUCUCUGCGCCCUUGGGUUCGUCGCAGGAGUAGUAGAAGAUGGAUCGUCGUUUGACGUCAGCGCUUACCCGGUCAAGUGGGACGAGGACCCAUCUGUGGGAUCAGGUGACGUGGCCGCUCCACCGUCUCCCGGUACUGAGGCGCCGGCACCGCCUCCGAAGCAUCACAUGAUGGUGAAGAAGGGCAUGCUGUUUCUGGAGCGCGACCUCUUUGCCGGGGCGCUCCUGCCGGCAAACACCCGGCUGGGCUACGUCAGACGCACGAGUUCACCAGGCCCAGUCAUUUCAAGUACUACAAGCCCAGUACCACCCUUCAGGUACAGCAGUUUCGAGAAAAUCUUGAAGUUUUACAAUGUAACCCACGGCUCCAAGCAAGCAGGGAGGAUCUCGGAGACUCUCCAGUUCUGCGAGGAGGCAGGAGACAAGGAACCACACGUGUGCGCAACGUCUGUGGCAGCCGCGAGAGAGUUCGCCGCCACCGUUUUGGGCACCAAGGAGCCGCGCGCGGUCACUUCAACCCUUCACGGGCGCACAGAACCCCUCCGCUACGUGGUGGCGCCCAACGGAAUCGCCAGCGUCGGCGGCGACGCGGUGGUGCCAUGCCACCCCCUGGCGUACCCUGUGGAGGUCUUUUACUGCCACAACCCCAGCAACGUGCAAGCACUCCGUGUCCAACUUGUUGGACAGGAGGACCCUUCCGUCGGCGCCACGGCCAUCGCAGUAUGCCACAAGGAUACCGGCGACUGGGAUGAGGCGUACUUCGUGAUGCUGAACGGAUCCCGUGGCGAGCCGAUAUGUCACUUCAUGCCGGCCAAUUACCUCCUGUGGCUCUAG